GUGUCAAGAAGAGUUAAAACCUUGAUAUACCAUUUCUUGAUCAUUUCUGUAGCAUUUUAGAAAAAUCAAGAAGAAUGGAUGGAAAAAAUUGCUCUUCCGUGAAUGAAUUCCUUCUCGUGGGAAUUAGCAAUAAGCCUGGAGUUAAAGUGACUCUGUUUAUCACAUUUCUAAUUAUCUAUCUCAUCAUUCUUGUUGCAAACCUCGGGAUGAUCAUUUUAAUCAGGAUGGACUCCCAGCUUCACACACCCAUGUAUUUCUUCCUGAGCCAUCUCUCCUUCAGUGACGUCUGCUAUUCUACAGCAGUCGGACCCAGGAUGCUGGUAGGCUUCAUUGCCAAGAACAAGUCAAUUUCCUUCUACAGCUGUGCUAUGCAAUUCUUGAUCUUCUGUAUUUUUGCAGAUUCUGAGUGUCUACUGCUGGCAGUGAUGGCCUUUGAUCGGUACAAAGCCAUUAGCCACCCCUUGCUCUAUACAGUCAGCAUGUCCAGCAGAGUGUGCUCCCUGCUGAUGGCUGGGGUUUACAUGGUGGGAAUUAUGGAUGCUUCAGUAAAUACAAUAUUAACAUUCCGGUUAUGUUUCUGUGAGUCGAAUGUGAUUAACCAUUUCUUCUGUGAUGUCCCACCUCUCCUCUUGUUAUCUUGCUCAGACACACAAGUUAAUGAGUUAGUGAUAUUCACCAUUUUUGGCUUCAUCGAACUGAUUACUCUUUCAGGGCUUUUUGUGUCUUACUGCUAUAUUAUCCUAGCGGUGAGAAAGAUCAACUCUGCUGAGGGGAGGUUCAAAGCUUUCUCCACCUGCACCUCCCACUUAACUGCUGUUGCAAUUUUCCAGGGAACUCUGCUCUUUAUGUAUUUCCGGCCAAGCUCUUCCUACUCCCUUGAUCAAGACAAAAUUACUUCAUUGUUUUACUCCCUUGUGAUUCCCAUGCUAAACCCUCUGAUUUAUAGCCUACGGAACAAGGAUGUGAAAGAGGCCCUGAAGAAACUUAAAAAAAACUUA